GUUCUGUUCUCUAACGCUUAGAGGUAAGUAUGUGCUUUCAUCUCGCCAACUUUCUCUUACAUAAUUCUUCUUAUAGCGUCUUUCACUUCUAGCUUUCAACAGCGUGUUCCGACGAGAAUAGCAUAUCUGCGUUUUAAAGUGGCAGUACUUGGUUUUGUUGAACCGGAAUCCUGCUAAGUCUCUCCAUGUCCUCGCCCUGUGACUACGCGUUUCUUGCUCAGUUUGCGGCGGCCUCCACGGGGCAUGACGUUGAAGGGCAAACGCAGAAAAAGCUCCUGAACGGAAACGAGGAUGCUAUAACACGAACUGCGUGCGGGGCAGCCCCACAACCCAACACUUUCUUCAUCUCCCCAACGCCAACAGCAAUGGUCUAUCGGCCGACGGAGAAUACUCCUCUACUGUCGCCGCCGAAUCCUCGUAUAGAAGAGGAUGUGGACUGUUCGAACGAAAGGAAUGGUCCCAGUACCUGGGUGAUGUUCCAGGAGGAACUUGGUGUCCUCGCAAAAUAUACGCUUCCCAUUUUUGCAACUCACGUGUUCGAGUAUAGUUUGAAUAUGGCUUCCGUAGUGGCUAUCGGGCACAUAUCCACGAUAGCACUUGCUGCUGCAACAUUAGGUUUUAUGACCGCCAGUGUGUCGGGCUACGCCAUCGUGCAAGGACUAGCAUCUGCUCUCGACACACUUCUCCCUGCGGCAUGGACAUCUAAUCAUCCGCAACUGGUCGGCUUAUGGAGUCAACGCAUGCUUGUUGUGACGGCUGCAACCCUUAUCCCGGUUCUUAUGAUUUGGUUCAACGCUGAAUCCAUUUUACUCCUGCUCAGACAGGAUCCUGAGGUUGCACACCUAGCCGGCGUCUACUUAAAAUGGAGCUCUUUAGGGCUUCCGGCAUAUGCUUUCAACUGCAUUUCUCGCCGCUACUUUCAAUCUCAAGGACUCUUCUCUGUACCGACCAAGAUCAUCCUGUUCAUAGCUCCGAUCAACGCCCUCUUGAAUUACGUUUUUGUGUGGGGUCCUGAGCCCCUCAGGAUUGGUUUUAUUGGAGCUCCAAUUGCGACUUCCAUAUCUCUCAAUCUUAUUUCAAUCUCGUCAGUAAUAUAUGGCAUUUUUUAUGUCGAGAGGACCGCCUGGCAUCCUAUCUCGUGGCGGAGCUUUACUGGCUUGAGCUGUCUCGUCAAGCUGGGACUCGCUGGCGUUGGCCAGACCGCGUCUGAAUGGUGGUCAUGGGAGCUUAAUAACUUGGCCGCCAGUUUGCUCGGUCCUGCUGCCCUAGCUGCCCAAUCCGUUCUGCUUAUCUCAAGCUCCUGCACAUUCCAAGCUCCCUUUGCCCUCUCCUUAGCAACGUCUGUGCGGAUUGGGAACCUUCUAGGAGAGAAAAAGGCGAGGCGCGCCGGUGUCUCUGCGUACGCCUCGAUUGCUCUUUCAGUUGGCAUUGCCUUAGUAUGGAGCACUCUAUUUAUGACGUUCAGGCAGUCAUGGGCUUAUAUCGUUAACAAUGACCCCGAGGUUGUAACACUGGUGGCAUCGAUUCUCCCCCUUGUUGCUGUAUAUCAGGUCUUCGAUGGAAUCACCGCUGUUACUGGUGGUAUUUUGCGAGCACGAGGCAAACAAUUCAUAGGCGCACUUCUUAAUCUCAGUGCUUACUACGUCAUCGGCAUUCCCUUUGGUGUUUGGUUGACUUUUAAGAUGAACAUGGGACUAGUGGGGCUAUGGGUGGGAAUCACAGUUUCCCUCAUUUAUUGCUCUUUCUGGGGCACCUAUCUGUGUAUCACAGCCGACUGGCAGAAAGAUGUGCAGAAGGUUUUGGAUAGGCUUGCUGUUGAGAGCAAGAACGUACACUAGAUUAAGGAACAUACAAAAUCACGCUUCUAAUAUCUAUCAAAGACUUUCAUACCAUAUUGUACAAUAUAAUUGAUACCUGCUUGUUCCUAUAUCCAUCGUGCUGCGGUUUUCGAC